CUCCUCCUUCUCCUCCUCCUCCUCCUCCUCCUCCUCCUCCCGCAGCGCCCGGCGAGCGGCGGGGCCGGCGGCUGCAGGGGCGAAGAAUCAGUCCCCACAUCGUGACUUUUCCAUCAUGUCAGAACCCAUCACGCUCAAUGUUGGAGGAAAACUCUACACCACCUCUCUGUCCACCCUGACGAGCUUCCCAGACUCCAUGCUGGGGGCCAUGUUUAGUGGGAAGAUCCCAACCAAGAAGGACAGCCGGGGCAACUGCUUUAUUGACAGAGAUGGCAAAAUCUUCCGCUACAUCCUGAACUUCUUAAGAACUUCUCACCUGGACCUUCCCGAAGACUUCCAGGAAAUGGGUUUGCUCCGAAGGGAAGUAGAUUUUUAUCAAAUCCAGCCUCUGAUUGAAGCCUUGCAAGAGAAGGAGGUGGAGCUUUCUAAAGCAGAGAAAAACGCCAUGCUCAACAUCAGCCUCGAUCAGAAGACCCAGACCGUGCACUUCACCGUCCGAGAAGCGCCCCAGAUCUACAGCCUGUCUUCCUCCAACAUGGAAGUGUUCAGCGCUCAUAUCUUCUCCACAUCAUGCCUGUUCCUGAAGCUCCUCGGUUCCAAACUUUACUAUUGCUUCAAUGGAAACCUCUCGUCGAUAUCCAGCUACUUGAAGGACCCCAACCAUUUGACCUUAGAUUGGGUGGCAAGUGUGGAAGGCCUUCCCGAAGAGGAAUACACCAGGCAGAACUUAAAGAGACUCUGGGUGGUGCCAGAUAACAAGCAAAUCAAUAGUUUCCAAGUGUUUGUGGAAGAAGUGCUAAAAAUAGCCAUGAGCGAUGGUUUCUGCAUAGAUUCUUCUCAUCCACAUACUUCAGACUUCAUGAAUAAUAAGAUUAUUCGCCUAAUUCGGUACAAGUAGGAAUGGCUGGUUUAUGAUGGUGGCGGCAUGGAGAUAACACAGGUUAAGUGGUUCCCUUUAAAACACACAACCUAAUUCAGAAUCAUGCUUAUCUGGAUUAAGAGUCACUAACAGGGAGAUGAUUUCCCUUUAAUGUAAUUACCAAUGCGACCUGUCAGAUGAUGUCCAUGUUCUACACAGAAGGAAUAUUGUCUAGUGCCUGAAUUAAGGACUGGCUUUGCCUCCACCUCUUUGUACCUGUUGUACAAUUGUGGGAAAAUCAACUUCUGUCUUUCCUACGUUUUCCAGUUGGAAAAGGGGAGUGAUCCUUAACCUCUAUUGAAGGGGAUGUGAGGGUUCAGCAACCAAGGUUUGGCAUGUAUCUGUACAACAGAUGCAGUGAAAGAUGCCAUGGAGCUGCAGUGCAACAGAGAGCCAUGGGAGCACUUUUCCAUGUCAUGGCCAUAUCACCCGUGCAGAGCAUCCAGGAAGCUUGGUUGGAUCCACAGAGAAGAGGCCACACGCUUCUCAUGCAGCACUCAAUGAAGCACUCAUGCAGCACUCGGUAAAGCUGUAAAGGAUGGUGCAGACUGCAAGUAAAGGGAUCCUGUCUCUUUGGGUUCAACAAAGGAUUUCUGUCACCAUCUGAAGAUGGCUUGGGGUUUGUCUGAACCCUGUGAGGAAGCCCCUGUUUAAAUGAUGUGCCUGGCAUGGGGAAUGACCAAGAAAGCCAUAGCAGAGAGAAUGGCCUUCUUACAAACUGAGAACAUUGUGGCUGGUGGGGGAAUCUGCACUCCGGAUGCUCUUAAACCUUUACUUCCACAUUCCAAAGGCAUCCAAGCCUGCCAGUCCUUUUCUUUCUCUUACAAUGUUAACGUUUGUCUGCAGGAUGCUGCUGAAACUCUGUGGUAGAGACAGAUAUGGGGGCAGAGCCCCACAAAUAUCUCCUAAGCAUUCGAGCCUCUUCUUUGGGCACAGCUCCCAUCCCCUGGAGUGCAUGGGAUGCUCUCUGGGAAAGAUGGAUUCCAUCUGAAAGGACAACGUUCCUAUCAAACAUUCCUGUCACAAAACCAGAGGCUCUCUUUUCCUAUCCUGGUACACUGAGCCAUUUCUUUUACAUCACUGUGAAAUGGUCAGGUCACUGAGCCAGCAUUUUACCUGCUUGCUUGGCUCCGGUGUCAGAGAGCUGGAGGUAAGGCAGUGAGAAACCAGAGGUUGACGACAAUGGUCAAGUUCUUUCCUCCACACCUAGUCUGUGCUAUAACAAAGAUCAUAAUCUCUUAGCUGCAUGCUAGUUCUAAACAUCAUUUGCACCACAUUCAAGGUGGUUCGCCCUUAGCUAAUGUUUAGAAGUAUCUUAGCUGUCUUUCCCUAACCAGAUUGCUAUGUGUGCAUGAGAGACCCUCUGGAACAUUUCCCAUUAUCUCUAAUGAGAUAGAAGGGAAAAUAGAAUAACCAAGUUUUGCAUUUAGAAGCUUCAUUGCUUCCAAAAAUUCUUAGCCCAGGGCUGCAAAGCUCAGUGUUGCUCUUGUCCUUGUUUCCCAAAGUAACUCUCCUGUCGUUACAUCAAGGUGACCUGCGAACAAGCAUAAAGAAGCUUUUUGUUACUGGUGUAAAAAAAAACAGUGAGCUAAAGCUAUUUUUACUGUCCCAAGCUGUAUCUGCAGGAGGAACACAAAGGAUGGUGAUGGUAAAAAUGUCCAUGCUAUUGGCAGCCUGUUACAAACCACUGCCCAUGUGUGACUUGGUGCUAAACCGGCGUGAUGUACGUGGGACCAUGUUGUUAGGAAGCACUGCCUGGGCUUAAAGCCCUCAGAACCGUUAAACCUGGCAACUUUGGAGGUUUUUAAACAGGAUUUUGGGGCCAAAUUCCAGCCUGACUCACUAUAUUCUUCUAAACUUAGUUGCAUUAGGAAGAACUCCAUUUUCCCCAUCCAUCCUGAGCUAUAAAGCAGGAGUAAUCUGUUCCAGGGGUUGCUGCCUGCUACUGACAAAGUAAAGUGUGAAUCGUGUUUCUGACAUGAGUCAGUUGGACAUUCACAGUGAUGAUCUAUAAUAGUAAUAGUAUUAUGAUCUGUAAAGUACCAUACAUGAACCCUUCAUUAAAUCUAGGCCUUGCAACAGAUAUGCCUCUGCUGAAUUUAUCCCACAGAGCUUUUGGGGACUAUUAACAGCAUUUCUUUUUAACCUAUGCCCUUGAGAAUAGAUCCCCCUGAUCUAUAACAGGAGUUCUUGUAUGUCAGGACUGAAAUACUACCUAUCUGUAGUAGUUUAUUUCCUGUCAGCUUGAGUUUAUCCAAAGGUAAGAGCAGUUGGCUUAAAUCUCAUUGGAAAGGGGGGAAAGUCUGUCCUACCCUCUUUAGAACCCUGAAUCAGUAGUGCACCAUUCUGCUUCAGCAAAAUAAGAGAGUUGAAGCAUUGCUGCAUUUUCUGGUCAAAGGCAAGUAAGAGGAGUCCAUAAAAACACUGUGCAUAGUUUAAUGUAGAGCAUUUACUCCUCACUUUUGCACCCACCCUCUUUUCUUCUCUUUGGAUGAUAGCAGCACCCACGCUAAAAGCAGUUAUACAGCUCCUAUAAAGAGAGCUCCAACCUGGCCUAGACAGUAACUGGGGUAAUUCUAUGACAUGGACAUAGAGGUUUCAAUCCCCACAGGCUAAGAAGGGAACUGAACCCAGGUUUACACCUGGAAUGCUUUAACCCAUCGUUCUGUUAUUGCUAAUACACAGAGAGAUGUAAAAUCUCUCUCUUCUGCAUACAGAGAGAUGCAAAAUUCCCAGCCAGUAUAAAGACAGGAGGGAAGAGAGGCUUUGGGAGGAAUCCGAAAACUUGAGAUACCUCUAAAUUGCAAAGCAGAACAAACAUCUUUAAGCAUGACUAUUUAUAAUGCCACCGUUUUUCUGCUUGAUAAUUGAGUACAUGAAACAAGGAGCAAGUGAAUCACUUGCAAUUGCAGUCAAACAUAUGUUACACAAACGCAGUUGCUAUUUCAAACUACAUGUUAAGCUAAAAUUGUAGCUGCUCCCUAAUUUUGCAGUCUGUGAGUUACAUUAUAAUGACUGUUUAUAGGAAUGUUCCCUCUCCAAGGCAUUUGUUGGCUUUUCAUGUACAUAGCUGCCUCUUGUUUACCUUCUUUUCUGGAGCUCUAGAGGUGUAGGUGGUGAGAGCAUCCAGUUCGAUCAUCCAGUUCCAACCCCCUGCCAUGGGCAGGAACCCCUUCCACUAGAGCAGCUUGCUCCAAGCCCCUGUGUCCAACCUGGCCUUGAACACUGCCAGGGAUGGGGCAGCCACAGCUUCUCUGGGCACCCUGUGCCAGCACCUCAGCACCCUCACAGGGAAGAGCUUCUUCCUUAUCUCCAACCUGAACUUUCCCUGUUUCAGUUUGAACCCAUUACCCCUUGUCCUGUCACUACAGUCCCUAAUGAAGAGUCCCUCCCCAGCAUCCUUGUAGCCCCCUUCAGACACUGGAAGCUGCUCUGAGGUCUCCACGCAGCUUCUCUUCUCCAGGCUCAACAGCCCCAACUUUCUCAGCCUGUCUCCAUACCAGAGGUGCUGCAGCCCCUGAUCAUCCUCGUGGCCUCCUCUGGACUUGUUCCAACAGCUCCAUGUCUUUCUUAUGUUGGGACCACCAGAACUAUAGUGCAGUUCUCCACAUAGCUUGCUGGUUUUUACCACUGAUGAUUCUUCUUCUCGCAAGUUUUCCUGAAUCAAAGAGAACGUGCACAAAGCUAUAUCUAGUGCAGCACUACCCCAUCACUAGUCAUGGAAAGCAUUUGUUUGGCAUUUAUUAGCAGAAACAUAGAAUCGCAGAAUGGUUUGGGUUGGAAAGGACCUCAAGAUCAUCCAGUUCCAACCUCCUGCCAUGGGCAGGGACACCUCACACUAAACCAUGGCACCCAAGGCUCUGUCCUUGAACACUGCCAGGGAUGGAGCAUUCACAACUUCCCUGGGCAACCCAUUCCAGUGCCUCACCACCCUCACAGUAAAGAACUUCCUCCUUACAUCCAAUCUAAACUUCCAUUUCACUGUUGAGUGGAAUACUGCCUCUCAGAACAAACUGAAUGUUUUCCUAUAGGGGUCUGAGAAUCAGGAAAGGACCUAGUGAGGUUUUUUUCCCUUAAAGUUUGAAGCUGUUCCGUAUCUUGGUGCAUAACUCGUGUUCUGAUCCUGCCAUAUGUCCUUAACAUCUCCCUCGACACCUUUGUGUACAAAAUGAGGCCAAGUCCUGCACUAUGCAUUUAAAUAGCCUAGAUGCUGAGAGAGCAACUGAAUAGAGGGACCAGUAGUGCUAGAGCAG